AUGAACCUUCAAUGUCCACUAUGCUUCAAGGAGUUUCCUAUGUAUGACCAGCGUGGAUUCAGAAAUGCCGGAUUCACUGCCCACCACAACCGAUGCGUUGAGAAGGAGGUCCAGAAAGUAGAAUUAAGCUCAGGUGAUACCCAGCGCACCAUCCAUCCGAGACGUCGUCUCUUACCAGCCCCGUCCUAUUUUUCCCCCAGUAUCAAUAACAUGGGGUCAGUUGUGCCCUCCCAAAGACUAAAACUAACUGUCUCAAAGCGGUAUUUUCGAAAACCGCGUGCUUCCCCCAAAUCCCAGAUUCCUCUAAAUAAUCCACCAGCUCCUUCUGAUCCAAACCCUUCUGAUCCCCCAGUCGCUUUCUUAUCACCUAUUGCUCAUAAUUCUCCAAAAUCAGAACCCCCUCCAGAUAAGCCACUCCCUCAACCAUGGGAGUUACAAGAACAAUUUAUCCAACAGCAGCUUUCAUUUUUUGCUACAGCCAUCGAAGAGCAGAUACCAGUACACUACUGUGACUAUUGCUUACCUCAACAAGGUCUCCAUCACCCUUCAUGCACUUUAUUACAUUUUGCUAGUAGGGCUAACAAUGCCUUUGAUUGA